UGUGCUAGAAAUAUUUUACUUAAAAAUACAGUCCAUAUUUGACAUAGUCUACACAAAUAAAGAUGGCCGACGCCGGUAACGAAGAUCGUGUCCAAAAAAUGGAAGUGGAUUACAGUUCCACUGUUGACGAAAAAAUCCCUAAGUGUGAAAAACUAGCAAAGCAAGGAAAACUGAAUGAUGCUCUGGAAAUACUCCUUGCAUUAGAAAAACAAACAAGAACUGGAGCAGAUACGCACUCACUAAGCAGGGUUUUGGAAACUGUGGUCAGGCUGUGUUUUGAGACAAAAAGCUGGGAGGCAUUGAAUGAAAAUAUAGUUCUACUAACAAAGAAGAGAGGACAAAUCAAACAGUCAGUGACAAAAAUGAUCCAGGAGGCAUGUUCAUACGUUGAAAAGACACCAAACUUGGACAUAAAGUUGAAGCUUAUAGACACACUCAGGACGGUGACGGCAGGAAAGAUCUAUGUCGAAAUAGAACGAGCCAGAUUGACCAGAACCUUGGCCAAAAUUCGAGAAGAUGCUGGAAAAAUUGCUGAAGCUGCAGAUAUCUUGCAAGAGUUACAGGUUGAGACAUUCGGCUCAAUGGAGAAGAAAGAAAAGGUGGAGUUUAUCCUUGAACAAAUGCGGCUCUGUCUGGCAAAGAAGGACUUCAUAAGAACGCAGAUCAUCAGCAAGAAGAUCAAUACAAAGUACUUUGAGGAUGCCAACACAACAGAGUUGAAGUUGAAGUACUACCAGUUAAUGAUAGAGCUUGAUGAGCACGAGGGCUCCUACCUGUCCAUCUGUAAGCACUACAGGGCUGUGUACGACACUGCAGAGAUCAAGGAGAGCGCAGACAAGGCCAGGGAGGCCCUGAGAUACGUAGUCCUGUACAUGGUUCUCUCCCCUUAUGACAACGAGCAAUCUGACAUGAUCCACAGACUUCAAGAGGACAAAAUGCUGAAUGAUAUACCAAAGUACAAAGAGCUGUUAAAGUGUUUUGUGACCAGUGAGAUCAUACAAUGGAAGCCGUUCUGUCAGCAGUUUGAGUCCGAGCUGAAGUUUGGCUCGGCAGGCAGUCCCGCCACCAAUGUGUUCAACACCAAGCUAGAGGGAGGGACCAAACGCUGGGGGGAUCUCAAGAACAGGGUCGUUGAACAUAAUAUCCGUGUGAUGGCUAAAUACUACACACGAAUCCGUAUGAGAAGAAUGGGAGAGCUUCUGGACCUCACAGAGGCUGAAAUUGAAGAAUUCCUGUCCACAUUAGUUGUAAAUAAGACGAUUCAGGCCAAAAUAGAUCGACUGGAGGGCAUUGUGAAUUUCACAGAGCAGAAGGACCCCAAUGACAUUCUGAAUGACUGGUCGUUGAACAUUAACACUCUGAUGCAACUCGUUAGCAAGACCACACACCUUAUCACUAAGGAGGAGAUGGUUCAUAAGCUGGAAUAGAACUCGCAACACAUGACUGUGCCUUACCAUCAUGCAGUGCCCGUCGGAAUGGGAGGCUAAUUGAAAGCAUUUAACUCACUUGCUGACUAAUGUGAUGUUGGCUUUGUAUUAGAAAGUGUUGAAUGAUCAAUUGAUCCUUGCUUGGGGAAACCAAGGCUUAAUGCAUGUGCAUGAAGUGUCGUCCUAGAUUAGCCUGUGAAGUAUAGUCAGGGAUGAUCCUUUCUGCUUUAUGGCAAAAAAAAAUCAAAGGAAAUGUCUUAAGUAACUCAAAUCCACUCUGCAGACUGUACGGGCUAAUCUUGAAUGACACUUUAAACACAUGCAUUUAGACCGUUGUUUUCUACAAAAACAGGCCCAUACGUAUAUGUAUUGAGGCCGGUUUUCCCAGACACCAUCUACAUUAAUGGUAAUUUAGCAGUGGUAUUUCUGGUUAUUUUUUUUCACAGCAUACAUGAGCAAAACUUAAAUAAAGGGCAAUUAUACCACAUAGUAAACAUAAAAGUAUGUCUAUGAAAUCAGUGCAAAUGUUGGUCAAUGCUUACCAUUAGAUGAAUUUGUAGUUUAAGUUGUUUUUUGUCAUUACUGGUAUGUAGAAUAUCUAAAAGCAGAAAUAAAAAUUUGGCGUAGUAACUGGUAUAAUUAAUGCCGCUGUUUUUUGUUUAUUUUCAUAUAUCUGCACUGUUUUUUGCUUAUUUCCAUAUGUCUCAGUGAAUACAUAUUUCAACAAGAAAUUGUUAGUGCUAUACACAUUUGAUAAUAAAUGUUUACUCAUA